AUGCCUCUUCAGGACACCAACUGGGACACGCUCAAGGCCGACAUCAAGGCUGCGCCGUCGGAGACAUUCGUCGUUUUCACUGGCUCCAAGGACGAGGACGGAAAGAGCUGGUGCCCUUCGUGCAACGAGGCUGCGCCCGACAUCGAGCGCGUCUUCAAGGGAGAUGAGCACCACGCCCUUGUCGUUCCCUUUACCCUUGAUGACUUCGACAAUAACCUCUGGCCUCGCAAGGAGUGGGCGAUCCGCGGCGUGCCCAUGAUCUACCGCCUGAAGGACGGCGAGCUCUCCGGCGCCUUCCUCAUUCACAACGACCUGCCCUUUGGCGAGAUGCUCGACGCUUACGUGUCCGGCGAGGACGCGUACGAGAAAUGGACCGAGGAGAAGCGCGGCGACAACUACAUUCCCCCCGAGACGCGCUGGAGCUGGCUCCGUGAGGACUUUGACGUCGGCGAGAAGCGUGCCCAGGAGGAUAUCGCCCGUGGCCAGGAGCGCGCCAAGUGGAAGAAGGAGUAUCUGGCCAAGCGCAAGGCUGCCCAGAAUGGAAAGGAAGAGAGCGAGAAGAAGGCGCGCACAGAGGCCGAGGCGCCUGCCACGGACGCCACCGUUUGCACCGGUGUCUCGUGUGCUGCUUGA